GUCAUCGCAGCUGAUAUAACGACGUGGUUGUUUUCCGGUGUAAAAUGGAAUUUGCUGCCUCGGGAUAGGCGCCUGUUGGAUUGAUUACGGCCAACAUUUUAAUCCACAGAUGUGUUCGUUCCAGCGCGACGGACCUUCACUCGGGCAUACUAUGCGAUGUUUGGGUGUUACUUGUGGGAAGCCGGAGCUGUAGAGUCCUCUGUCGCCGCUGAGCGCACACCCGACCCGAGAAAACAAUGCAGGCCUAGCUAGCGUUAGCAUCCCUGGCUAACUGGCGGAAGCUGUUCGGAUAUCUGCUCCAGUGCAUCGCAGUGGGGAUUUAAGCCGAGGACGAAGCCGUUUGUUGGACUCUACGAGAACAUACGCGCCGCAAUGACCUCUCAGCUGCAAGUCUUCUCACCUCCCUCCAUAUCCUCCAGUGCCUUUUGCCGUGUUAAGAAGCUGAAGGUGGAGAACAAUGUCUGGGAUGUGUCCACUACUGAAGCUUACAGUUCCAUAGCCGGCCAGUCUGCGUAUACGUUUACGCCGGCCAUGGCUGUGCCCCCCUUCGCGCCGUCCCUGGUCUUCCCCCCUACGGCGCCUGGGUCUCGUGGUCAAGUCGUGGUUCGUGCAGCUGAUAGCACAGGAAGUCUUCCUCGGGGUUCCAGUCGGCGCGUCGCGGAGCAUGCAACAUCCUCCUCCUAUGCUCACGUUGAUACCGCCUCUGAAACAAGAGCACAACACCGACAUGGGCAGAAGCGGAAGAUGGAGGAGACUAACGAGGGCAGCGGGAGUGGCUGCGGCAGCGUGCAGAUUCUGGAGGAGCUCUCGGCGCCGGCAGCAACAUAUUCCACUCGUACGGGCGGUGGCGGCGGCGGCGGGACAGGCCAGUCUAUACCUCACUCGGCUCCCACCACGAAAAGUAGCAGCUCCAACGGUGAAGGCGACUACCAGCUCGUGCAGCACGAGAUCCUCUGCUCGGUGUCCUGCAGCUACGAGGUGUUGGAGUUCCUGGGGAGGGGCACUUUUGGCCAAGUGGCCAAGUGCUGGAAGAGGGGCACCAAUGAGAUAGUGGCGAUCAAGAUUCUCAAGAACCAUCCUUCAUACGCUCGCCAGGGCCAAAUUGAGGUGGGCAUCCUGAACAGGCUGAGUGCCGAGAAUGCAGACGAGUACAAUUUUGUGCGUUCCUACGAGUGCUUCCAGCACAAGGGUCAUACCUGCUUGGUGUUUGAGAUGCUCGAACAGAACCUGUAUGACUUUCUGAAGCACAGCAAGUUCAGCCCACUGCCUCUGCGGCACAUUCGACCAAUCCUGCAGCAGGUGGCGACAGCACUGAUGAAGCUGAAGAGCCUGGGACUCAUUCAUGCUGACCUCAAGCCCGAGAACAUCAUGUUGGUGGAUCCCCUUCGGCAGCCUUACAGGGUGAAGGUCAUUGACUUUGGAUCCGCAAGCCACGUUUCCAAGGCUGUGUGCUCAACGUACCUGCAGUCCCGCUACUACAGGGCUCCUGAGAUCAUUUUAGGCCUCCCGUUCUGUGAGGCUAUCGACAUGUGGUCUCUAGGCUGCGUGAUUGCGGAGCUGUUUCUGGGUUGGCCCCUGUACCCUGGAGCCUCCGAGUACGACCAGAUCCGUUACAUCUCCCAGACUCAAGGCCUGCCAGCAGAGUACCUACUGAGUGCAGGCACCAAGACCAGCCGCUUCUUCAACAGAGGCCCUGACUCAAGCUAUCCUCUUUGGAGGCUCAAAACACCAUCAGAGCAUGAAAUGGAGAUGGGCAUCAAAUCCAAGGAAGCUAGGAAGUACAUCUUCAACUGUUUGGAUGACAUGAUGCAGGUCAAUCUGUCAACUCAUUUGGAGGGGACGGACAUGUUGGCCGAGAAAGCCGAUAGACGAGAGUUUAUAGACCUCCUGAAGCGGAUGCUCCGCCUGGACGCCGACAAGAGGAUCACGCCCACAAAGACUCUGGGCCACCCUUUCGUCACAAUGAGCCACCUCAUGGAUUAUCCCCACAGCUCCCACGUGAAGUCGUGCUUCCAGAACAUGGAGAUCUGCAAGCGCCGGAGCACCUACGACAGCAACAAAUCCCUCUACUCCACAAACGCGGUUCCCAGCGCUGCGGCCGGCAACCUGACUGUUACUUUUAGUAGCCAACUCAACCAGCACAACCAGGUGCCUUCUGCGGGGGGAGCGGUGCCUUUGCUGAAUUAUCAGCCGGCGCUGUACCAGCAGGCAACCAUCAACAUUCCUGGCCUGACGCAACAAAGCGUUCCCAUUCCGACACGUCCUGCCGGACUGUGUGGCCAGACGGAACCCUUCCAACAGACCCUGAUUGUCUGCCCGCCCUCCACAAUUCAAGGCCUGCAGUCGUCCAGCAAGAACUCCAGCUUCCCCGUUCGGAUGGACAACUCCGUACCUAUAGUACCUCAGAACCAGCCCACUCAGUCCUUGCAGAUCCAGCCCAGCAUGCUCACACAGGGUUCCUGCACUCCACUGAUGGUGGCCACCCUGCACCCGCCAUCAUCAGGCAUAGCCUCCCAGUAUUCUCUACCGGUCGGGCUUGGCGCUGGCGUGGGCCGGCCCACCCUUUUGGAGCACACAGCCACUGUGCUGCAGGCCUGGCCCACCGGAACGCAGCAGAUCCUCAUCCCGUCGUCAUGGCAGCAGGUUCCGGGCGUGGCCAUUCACAGCUCCGCCCACCAGGCUAAUGUCGCUGAGUCGCCGCGGGAAUCCCAUCACUCGGAUGCCGCCGCUCAGCAGGCGCACAACUGGAGGAGCACAACACAACCCAAGACUCAGCCAGAGAGGAAGAAGGUCAAAGCCAGACGAGGAGAGAACAGAAACAGGGGUAUAUCCACUGCGUCGUUGCUCGGCACCAACGGCGUGACGCCAUCCAGCCUCAUCGCCACUUUGUCACAGCCUAUUGUCAUCUCCGACACCCCCAGCCCGGCCGUCAGCAUCAUCACCAUCCACAGCGACACCGAUACGGAAGACGAGCGCAAGUUCCAUCCUGCCAGCGUCGGGUUGGGCCAGCGCACCAACGUCAUCAGCUGCGUGACGGUGCACGACUCCGACUCCUCCACAGCCAGCCCGCUGACUCCUCUUCCCCGCACACUCAACGUAGCCAGCACGGUGUCCUCGCGCCAGGCCAAGUCCUUGGCUGUGGUGGCGCCCUCGGUCAAAGUUCAUACAUCGGAGAGGGGGGCAGCUUCACGGAGCCGCCCGGAGACCGUGAACUACAUGAAGACCAAGAGAACGUCUGGUCAGCAUCCAAGUGGUUCAGGAGAGAACCUGGAGCGGCACGGACUGAUGCUGAGCCAGUCACGCCCCUUAAACCUCAGCCAGGUCCAGCCCAUGGUGUCUUCAUCUCAGGAGCGUGGGGGCGUGUCCCACAGCGACUCAUCCCUGCGUCGCCAGCAGACGUUCCCUCCGGCCGCCUCGGCCUCGCAGUACAACUUCCCCGAGGUGUCGGCGCUGGCCUCGGCCGCCGGGCCCAGCCUGUACACCUACCCGGCCUCCACCGCCCUCUCGUCCGCCUCUCAGGUCAUGGAGCAGCUGCUGGGCCGCGGCACGACAGCAGGACACUCCCCCUCCGCCUAUGCAGCAACGUACACCUCCUCCUCCUCCAGGAGGGACUCGGCCGGCCGGAAGGACUCGGUCAGCAGUCUGCUGCACGGCCUGCCUGCCGUCUACCAGCAGCAGUUCACCGCCGCCUCUCCUUACGUGAGCGUGACGCCGCGGUCCGAGGCCUACAGUGCCUACCAGCUGAGCCCCAGGCGCCUCACGCAGUACCCCUACCUAUAAGACCCGGAACCCGGCACCCGAUCCUUCACCUCUUCCUCACUUGGCACCACAAAGGGACGACCGUCACUUGUUCCAUCGCUGCUUUUCAUCACAAGCUAUCAUCUCCUGGAAAACCGUUUUUGAUCAUUUUAGGAUGUCCGUUGAAGUCGCUGUGGUCAUUGUGUCGGACUCCAGCUCGUUUGUGGAAGAGAGAGACUGCUCCUUUCGCAAAGUCGCCUGACUCAUGACAUCAUGCUAGUGAUGGAUUAGCUGACACGCGUUUGAUUUUUGUUUCCCACACUAAUCCAAUUUCCACCCAUCCCCCGAGUCCCCGUCUGUGUUUUAGCUCACCUAAUGACGACGUACUUGACCCUCAUCUGUUCACUCACAAACUCGUCUUUUUGCUAUGUUUAAUUUAUGUUUUGUCCGUGAGCUAGGAAGCUAGGAAGCUAGGAAGAGGACGGCGGGCGUUGUGGUGGUUUUUAGCUGCACGAGGUGGCACAAAUGUGACGGCUCAAUGUUGAUGUUAAUUUAAGUGCACAUGUGAUUAGCGUGUUUAUGUAGUGACCGUGUUUUAGGCCAGAUCGCACCACGCAAUAGUUUUUCUUUUUAACCGCAUCAAGUGAGUGCUGAAUGUAUUUAUCAAAUCAAGGCGAGAUCACCGUGCUGACAAAUGAUUUUUGGUUUUAGUGUUUUGUUUAUUUUUUAAAGAAAAAACUAGGAACAUGAUUUCUCUUAGACAUAACCUAUGAAAUGCUAAGUCAGCUAUCCCGUUAUGUAGGACAACGUAAUGGAUUAAAGGCCAGUUUUUAUUAUGUUUUAAAAAAAAAAAACAUUGAUUGAGGUGAGGGAACGCUUGCUGCUGAAGGUUGGCACGAAGGCUUUUGGUCCACAACGCUUGAGUCAAACAUCUGAAUUGAAAAUGUGUUUUUUUUUUCUUCCAGACGACUGCAGUCAAGUCUUACGGUUACCGUGGGUGCUAAAAGCUUUUUAGUCAAUCUUUCCCUUGUUGUGUUUGCAUCGUUUUGUGUUGUAAUGUCGGAGUAUUUAACUGUAAUUUGACCUUAUUCUAGUAGUCGAAAACGCUACUCCUUAGAACUAAUUCAGGGACAUGUUUCUGCUCAAUAAUCCACCAUCACUGUUUGCAAUAAAAUAACCACAAACCCCAAA